AUGAGCCCUGGGCCUGCACGUCCUGCAGAACCUGUGCUGCUCAACAUCACUAAAGCCACGCCAGUCUACGAACUGGUCAACAGCAACGAGACCUACCAGGUAUCUGUGACGCUCAAGCUAUCCCAUUCAUAUGAGCCCAGCAGUUCAUUGGUCAUUAUAGAAUGGAUUCAUGCAGAGCCACCAAUCGGAGUGAGAAUUGUUGAUUACCUAAUCAGUCAAGAGAAGGUGACAGAGCGGACUGAUCACUCCAAAGUUGAGACAGAGACUAUGUUGAGUUUCGUGGAUGACAUCAUGUCAGGGGCCAAAUCUCCAUGUGUGAUGCUCGGGGACAUCCCUGAUCCCCUCUCAUUUAUCUCCUUGAUAAUACGCUGUUUGGAGCCAGACACCACAUACAUGUUUCGGCUGUGGGCGGUGGACAACACGGGUCGGCGUUCCAGACCGAGUGAGGUGACGAUCAAAUCUCCCUGUCCCGCCGUGGAUGAUGUCAAGGCUCAAGAAAUAGCAGACAAGAUUUAUAAUCUAUUCAACGGCUACACAAGCGGGAAGGAACAGCAGACAGCCUACAACACGCUCAUGGACCUCGGCUCAUCAGCCCUCCACCGAGUUCUUUACCACUACAACCAGCGCUACGAGAGCUUUGGAGAGUUUACUUGGCGCUGUGAAGAUGAACUGGGGCCCAGGAAAGCAGGAUUGAUCCUGGCUCAGCUGGAUGAACUCAGCGGUUGGUGCCGGGGUCUCCUCCAGGAACCUAAAAUUGGCUUGCGCAGAGCAUCCCUCAAGUAUCUGUCUUGUCGUUAUACAGAUACCAAAGCAUUCGGGCUUAGCUGGGUGAAUCUCAGCCAAGACUUACGUAAGGCCUGUGAAGAUCAGAUGCUCUCCAUUAUGUACAAUGAUUAUGGAGAACCCAAGGAGCUUUAAGCCAACUUGGACAACAAGAGGACCAGUCAGGGGCCGUACCUAAAUGCAGCCUCCCCUUUAGGGCUUCUCUCUAGAGAAUCUGGUCCAUCGGUUUUAACAUUAAUUGGAUAUUUAAUGAUGAAGAGGAAAAUAUUUUGAGAACGAGCUCUGCUGAUUUUUCAAGAAGUAUUCAAGUGGUAUGUCUAUGGGCUUGCACAUAAAAAUGUACAGUGUACAGUCAAAGGAAAGUUGCAUUAAAGUGUCAUUUAGACGUGGUGUAUUUUGUCAAAUAGUGCAUACACCAGCUUGUAUAGGUAGGAUUUUUUCCACAAGAACUAAAACUGUAUCACCUUAAUGUGCUGAAAAUGUAAAAUGUCUCUGUAGUGCAUAUAGAUAUGGAAAGAGCUAUAGCAAUUGUAAAUGUUAGUUAAUUAUUAAACACUACUAAUGUGCUGAAUGUAGUAUUCAAACUAAGGUAUGAGAGGUCAAGAAACUGUAAAGGUAUUUUUUUUUUUUUUUUUUUUUUUUUUUUUUUUUUUUUUUU